AGGGGGCGUGGGCUCGCUGGCCACCUGUUCUUCCCACGAGUGCGGCCCGCGCGGAUUGGCCGCGGUGCGGCUCGGCACCGGAAGUGGCCGGUGUCGGUCGCCCGUGACACCAGACAACAGCUGCGGUUCUGUGCGCGCCGCGGUGCAGCGCUCCGGGCCCAGCGGAGUGAGCGUGGGUGGCAUCCGCUAGCGGUUGUAACAUGGGGACUGAGAAAAAGGAGGUGCUUCCCAAGGAAGAAAUUCCUGCAGGAUCCGAGCCACAGGGGCCAACAUUAGAGAAACUUUCACAGGAGGUUUACCAAGUUCAUGAGUUUGGAGCAGCAAGUGAUGAAGACAUACUAGAGGGAUGUUUGAGAGAGUCCUCGGAAGAGCUUAUAGAGCAGGUGUCUCCUCAGGACAGAGACUUUGCAUCAGGGUUAAUUAUCUUCAAGAAGUCAUCCUUAGGUGGGAAAGAGCAGGGUAACAGUGGGCACGAUGGAGGCUGUGGUCCCCACCCAAGUGUGGUGGUAUGCCAUGGAGAUAUGCUGGAGCCCACUCCAGCAGAGAGGGCUAGUGCGUUUGCUGCUUCUGGCCAGAGCUUCAUGGAGAGUGUACAGCUUCAUAAAGCACAGAGGACGUCUGUGGGAGAAAAGCCUCACACAUGUAAAGAGUGUGGAAAAGCUUUUAACCAGAACUCACACCUCAUCCAGCAUAUGAGAGUUCAUAGUGGAGAAAAACCCUUUGAAUGCAAAGAAUGUGGAAAGACAUUUGGAACUAACUCCAGCCUUAGAAGGCACUUGAGAAUUCAUGCUGGAGAGAAGCCCUUUGCUUGUAACGAGUGUGGGAAGGCCUUCAUUCAGAGCUCACACCUUAUCCACCAUCAUAGAAUUCAUACGGGAGAAAGACCUUACAAAUGUGAAGAGUGUGGGAAAGCCUUCAGCCAGAAUUCAGCCCUCAUUCUGCACCAGAGAAUCCACACUGGAGAGAAACCUUACGAAUGUAAUGAGUGUGGGAAGACCUUUAGGGUUAGCUCACAGCUUAUUCAGCACCAGAGGAUUCAUACUGAAGAGAGAUACCAUGAAUGCAAUGAGUGUGGCAAGGCCUUCAAGCACAGCUCGGGCCUUAUCAGACACCAGAAAAUCCACACUGGAGAAAAGCCUUAUCUGUGUAACGAAUGUGGGAAAGGCUUCGGGCAGAGUUCUGAGCUUAUCCGUCAUCAAAGAAUUCAUACAGGGGACAAACCCUAUGAGUGCAAUGAAUGUGGGAAAACUUUUGGCCAGAACUCAGAGAUUAUUAGACAUACUAGAAUUCAUACUGGGGAGAAGCCCUAUAUAUGUAAAGAAUGUGGAAAGGCCUUUAGGGGUAAUUCAGAACUUCUUAGACAUGAGAGGAUUCACACUGGAGAGAAACCUUAUGAAUGCUUCGAGUGUGGGAAGGCUUUCAGGCGGACUUCUCACCUGGUUGUCCACCAGAGAAUACACACUGGGGAGAAACCCCAUCAGUGUAACGAGUGUGCAAGGACUUUUUGGGAUAACUCUGAGCUGCUGCUUCACCAGAAGAUUCAUGUCGGAGAGAAACCUUAUGAGUGUAGCGAGUGUGAGAAAACAUUCAGCCAGCACUCCCAACUUACCAUCCACCAGAGAAUUCACACUGGAGAAAAGCCGUAUGAGUGUCAGGAAUGCCAGAAGACCUUCAGUCGGAGCUCUCACCUCCUCCGACAUCAGAGUGUUCACUGUAUCGAAUGACCUGCAAACCAGGAAGGAUUGUUGUGGAAAGGCUGAAGUCAGAUUUCUUCAUUUGCUCAUAAUCUGUACCCAGGUUCUUGGAUCAAAUGAAAGGACAGGACCUCCCUUGCCCAUCCACUGCAUUUGUUUUGGUAGCUGGCUGACAGUGAUGAGGCAGUUUUAUGAACUAUUUAUUGAGAAGUUUUCGUGUUCUGAAUUAAGUCAUAAAAGUUG